AGGAAGGUGUGAUUCUGAGAGAUGAACAGAAGAUACUGUUACAAGGAUUUGCUGCCAUUUGUGGUGCUUAUUGCCAAUGAAUGCAACAACACAGGCUUGUUCACUCUCUUCAAAGCAGCAUCUCUAGAAGGGAUGAGUAACUUUGUCUUCGUGACCUAUGCUUAUACUGUUGCAACUGUUGUACUCCUUCCAAUUACUUUUUUCUAUAGAAGAUCAAGAGCGGUUCCUCCACUCAGUUUCUCCAUCUUAUCCAAGAUUGCUCUUCUUGGGCUGAUAGGGUGUUCAUCUCAGAUUCUUGGGUAUGCUGGCAUCAGUUAUAGUUCUCCAACACUUUCCUCUGCAAUCAGCAACCUAACUCCAGCUUUUACCUUCAUGCUUGCUGUCAUAUGCAGGAUGGAAAAGAUAGCUGUAAAAAAGAGAACAACCCAAGGCAAGAUUUUGGGCAGCAUUGUAUCAAUAUCAGGUGCAUUUAUUGUGACUUUCUACAAAGGCCCAUCAAUCAUCAUUGCUGAUAAUUCCAUUUCCAUUCACCUUCCACAAUCAAAUGGCAUUCUUACUUCAGUGGAUAUAAAUUGGGCCAUUGGGGGCCUUCUGCUGACAGGUUGCAAUAUACUACUUACUAUAUGGUUCGUUUUCCAGGUCGAAAUCUUGAAGGAGUUCCCGGAUGAACUAACUAUGGUCUUCUUUUACAACUUGUGUGCAGCCUUUGUUGCUGCAGUUGUAGGUUUAUUAGGAGAGAAAAAUACAAGUGCUUGGAAAAUAAGACUAGAUAUAUCAUUGAUCUCCAUUGUUUGCACUGGAAUAUUUAACAAGUUCCUGAGUAGUGCAAUAUAUGCAUGGGGAAUACACUUAAAGGGGCCUGUAUAUGUAGCAAUGUUCAAGCCACUCUCAAUUGUUAUUGCAGUUGUCAUGGGUGUUAUGUUCCUUGGUGAUACUCUAUAUAUUGGAAGUGUAAUUGGAGCCACAAUAAUAUCAAUUGGAUUUUAUACUGUGAUGUGGGGCAAAGCAACAGAAGAAAAGGAAGAGGAGGAGGACGAUGUUGGUAGCCAGGAAUCACCAACUACUGAGAAUGUUCCUCUCCUGCAAAGCUCUAAAACUGUAAAUUUUACAAAGAACAUAGAUGGAAGUGUAUAGAGGAUGGAAUCACCAACUACAGUGAAGUGAGAUGUGCUUCUUGCGAGCAACAAAACUGUGAAUUCUAAAUAGAAAAUAGAUGGAAAUGUAUAGAAGACAAAUAUAAACUGUUUGCGCCUCGAGUCUUGACAUUAUAGAAAAUCAUGUUAGAGACCAUUUUUUGUCACAGAACAGCAUAGUGCUAUGAGGGUUAACACCUUGGUUUCAUUGUUUCAUAAGUACCCAAGUUGUUACAUACCACUUUGCAGGACAGUGUAUGGAAGAUUUCAGAAGUGGUUCACUGGAUUUAGGACAAUGAAUGGAAAAUGGGAAUGCAUUUAGUAAGUUUUUUGUUGUGUCCAUUCAUCAACAAGCAAGGUUGGUGAAAACAUCAUUUUCUCUUGUUUUCAAGUCAUCAGGCACUGCUGUAGUUAUGGAAUGUGUUGUGAAAAUAUCUGAAGUUGCCUUAGUGGCAGUGCUGCAUGUAUCUGCAGAAAAUGGUACUCAAAAUUUCAAAUUUAGUGCUUAUCUAAACUUUCAUAAAAGAGUUUGAUGAGCAAGAAAAUAUUAAGAGGCCAAAACAGGGGUUUGUCUAUUUCAUUUUUAUGCCAAAUGUCCAGUGAACUUCCAUGCAUAGGCAAUUAUUAAAGAGAUUGAAUUUCAAUUAUCCACACAGCUAACACACACACAACAUAUAUUUAUAUCAAGUUUUGUUAC